GGCCAUACAUCCGCUACAGUGCUGUAUGCGGGGCCACCGCAAUAUUAUAACCGUUAACGGCCGUCUUAAGUGUUUAAAAUGGCUACUCGCUAAUUAUUUUUAGAUUGUAAUUUUCUGUGUUUUUGGUUUUGUCGUCGUUAGUGUCGCAUUCGAUAUCUUAACAGGUUUAUCCCGGUGUAGUGUUUCAGAAAUUGAACUUCAGUAAUAGAAAUCGCACGUUGUUUUCCACUAGUUAGGUUAACCAAAAAAAAAAAACAAGUUUAAUUAGGUUUAUUUUUCUGAUAUCUUCAAUUUCACAAGACGACCAAAUUAAAAUUUUUGUUUUUCUAAAUAACACUAGCUAAAACCGCAUUAAACAUGCCGCCCAAAAAGAAGGCAGUUCCGAAAGCAAAAUCCGCGGGCUUGACUACAAGUAUUGAAAACUUGUCCAACAUAACGACCAGACGACCAGUAAAAAAUGAUGUCGAACAAACAGAAGAAACACAAAAUUUAAUGAAUGAAAUAUUACCAACUGAAAGUAAAAAUAUGAAUGUAACCGUAGUGGUUGAAAAAAUGACUGAUGAAUAUGUUGCUCAAGUAACUACACUCGCUGAAAAUGAUGAAACUGAAAAGAAAGCUGUUCAGAAAAAAACAAAACCUAAGUCUAAGCAGUUAGAAGAGGAAGAGGCCAAACCAAAGAAAGGAAGAAAACGAGCAGCGAGUGAAGAUCGUACAUUAAUCCAUUUUGAAGUACAAGUUGUAGGAAAUUCCCGUAAAAGACCUGUCAACAAAGAUAGUUCAGCCAAUAGUUCAGAUACCAUUUCUCCAUUAAAGAGAGGUCGAAGAGCUGCAAGUGUAGAUAUUAUGCCUUCAGACAAUGUGGCCGUCUCGACCAAGGAAGAAAUAAAAAAAAGUCGCAGGAUUGCUAAAGUCACUAAUUUUUCUGAUGAAGUACCAAAAAAAGGACGCAAAGGAGCUAUGAAGGACGAUCAACCCAAAACGGAAAAAGUUGUAGCUAAAGGUAAAAAAACAACUAAAAAAGUAGCUAAUGAGAAAAUAGAAGAAAAAGAAAUACCAAAAACCACUGAAGUAGAUGGGGAAAAUGUGAACAAAUUUUCAGCUGAGGUUUCUCAAGAAAAAACAAAAAAAGGUGUUAAGAAAGGACCACAGAAAUCUGAAGACAGAGAAAAUGAAGCUGUAGAAAAAGUUUCAAAAAGAACUAACCGUGCAGUACCAAAAGCAAAACAAACUGAAGACAAAGAAGUUGAAAAAAAAUCAAAACGUGUAGCUAAAUCAAAACAAGUUGUUCAAUCCCCUAACGAUUCUGAAGAAAUUAAUGAUCCAGAGGUUGAAAAUGGUUUCGAAGAUAAGAAUGAAGAAAAUGAAACCGAUUGUGUUCAAACUCCAGAAAAAAUACCAGUGAAAUCAAAAGCAAAACAAAAUAAAAACAAAGUAGAAAAAAAAUCCAAACGUGUUGGAAAAUCAAAACAAGUUGUUCAAUCGCCUAACGAAUCUGAAAAAAUUAAUGAUCCCGAGUUUGAAAAUGAUUUUGAAGAAAAGAUUGACGAAGAUGAAGCUGAUUGGGUUGUAACUCCAGGUUUAAUUCCUGCAAAACAAAUUGAAGACAAAGAAUUAGAAAAAAAAUCAAAGCGUGUUGGAAAAUCAAAACAAGAUAUUAAGUCACCCAAUGAAUCUGAAGAAAACGAUCCACAGCUUGUUGUAAAUGAGCCCACAGGAAAUAAUGAAGAAGAUGAAACCUACUUAGUUGUAACACCAGUGAAAAUAGUGGCAAAAUCAAAUGCAAAACGCGGUGGUCGUAAAGAAAAACAAAACGAAGUUGAAAAUAAUGUAGAAGAAAAAGAAACUAAACUUCAAAAACGUCGCAAAGCCAAAGGCCAUGAUUUUGAAGAAGCAGUUGAAGAGGGCAGUGAAGAAAAGACAGGAGAUGUACCUAGUGGUCUUCCUGACACUCCAGAGUCUGGAAAAGACGAAGUUAAACCUGUUGUUAAACGAAAAACUAAAGCUAAGGUAAAUUUACUAACUGCUAGGAAAUAGAAGUUUUAAUCUAUUUUUAUUUUGUUACAUUAAUUUAAAGGUUUUUUGAUAUAUAUAUAUAUAUUUAUAAAUGUUUUUUUAGUAUAGCUAAACUCAUAUUUAAUUAACUUUUUUUAUAUUUAAAUAUAUACAAGAUAGAUAAUAGAUACAAGUGUUUAAAUA